AUGUACCGAAAUACUAAAGUUUAUUUAUGUUUUUUUUUCAAUCAAGUUUUGAUAAAGUCGGACAGUAAAAGUCCGACUAACUAUAAUAACAAAGUGGAGCACAAGUGCGUUCUCUGUGAAGCUUCUUUGGAGAGUAAAGAAGCUCUUCAAGAACACUUUAGAAAACAUGCUGAUAAAAAAAUUGAUGCUCGUGGUAAACCACUUACUCGAAAACCACCACCACCAGCUACCGAAUCUAGCUGUGAUAUUUGUGGUAAAAAUUUUGAAACAAUAACCGCCACAAUAAGACAUCGUUUUAAAGUACAUCCUAAUUCACCAGCAAAAUUUUAUUGUGGUUAUUGUGGUAUGCAAUUUCCAUUAAAGACACAUAGGGAUGCACAUUUAACAUCACAUGAUUCAUCAGAUAGUGCAGAUACUACAGAACAUAAAAAAUGUGAAGAAUGUGAUAACGUAUUUUUUAAUAUAAAGGCAUUAAAUUAUCAUUACAAAUCAGUUCAUAAAAGGCUUGUACAUAUGUUUCAACCCAUAGCGACACCACCACCGAGUAAUAAAAUAAAAGUAAAUUCAAUGAAUGAUGCUCUUAGUGUCUACUAUUGUCAUCUAUGUGGAGUUGAAUACAUCGUAAAAUUCAAUCUCCAGCAGCAUUUAGAAAAAGUUCAUUCGCAAGAAGAACGUGAAUCCGUGCCGGAAGAUUUAAUUAAAUGUACGAUGUGUGCGGCAUUAUUUUGUAGUAAAAAAGCUUAUGAUGUACACAACAGCUAUCAUCAACCAGACGAUCUUUAUGUUACUUCUGAAGAACAGAGAUUGCAGACAAUUACUAAAAUUGACCAAGAUUUUGACAUACGGAGAGUUAAACCUCGCGCUGAAAAAUAUAUUCCAAAGAGUCCACCCCAGAGGCCAAAUGUUAAAAGACAUUUGGCAAGAAAUACAGUUGGUAAAGUUGACAAAGUUGGGAUACAAAAACAAAUAAAAUUAGAAUUAGAUGAAACUCAUGAUGAUUUAGAAACGCAUCAUUCUAGUGAUUCGGAAAGUGAUAUUCCAUUAAAUAAAAGACUUAAAAAAAGCUAACAACUAAAUUUUAAUGAUUAAAGUUAUUAUUAUUAUAAAGCACAAUUUUAAUUUUAAUUAUUUAUAUAAAACUAUGUAAGAUAAUACAUUCAUUUAGUGUAAUUGUUUAUAAUAAUUAUUGUCAUUAUAAAAAAAUAAUUAUAUCACAAAUUUUACUUUACAUUUAAAUUUUCAUCAGUAAUUUUUUAAAACUACAAUCACAUUAAUUUAUUUUAUUUUAACUUUGAAAAAUUGUUAGGAAA